AUGGCUGUUUUCAACUCAUGGAACUCCCCCCUCCGAUCACAUACUUUCCUUUGUUCUCUUUUCUUCUUCUACUUUGUGAUCACCCUUUACUACUUCCCUCUUCAUGCAAAUGCACUGAACUUCAACCUCACCAAUAUUGAUCCAACGGUUAAAAAUAUCGUCAUAGAAGGAGAUGCUUAUGUUUCCAACAAAGGCAUCCAAAUCAUCCCUGUAAACGAAGUGUGGAAAGCUGGUCGAGCCACAUAUAAAGAUCCUCUUCACCUUUGGGAUAAAGCUUCUGGAAAACUUACUGACUUCCACACCUAUUUAUUGUUUGUCAUUAACUCAGAAGGGAACUCGAGUUUUGCAGACGGGUUUGCACUCUCCCUCGUUCCUAAUGAUUUCACUCCGAUGAACGCAUUUGGUGCUGCCAUGGGUCUUCCAAUCUUGUCAAUCUACCCCCCCAAACAGACUCCAUUUGUUGCUGUGGAGUUUGAUACCUUUCAGAAUGUGGAUUGGGACCCACUCAACAUCACACCGGUGACUCAUGUAGGUAUCAGUAUCAACUCUCUCAAAUCGAAUGUUACUGCAAUAUGGCACAAUAACAUAACACAUGGAAAAGAUAAUGAAGCUUGGAUAAGUUAUAAUUCUAAAUCCAAAACUUUGAGGGUUGUUUUCACUGGAUAUAUAAAUAAUAAGAGAAUUGAAAGUUCCCUUAGUUAUCAAGUUGAUCUCAGGAAAUACUUACCAGAAUGGGUUACAGUUGGCGUUUCAGCUGCGACAGGAGAUUGUUUUGAGAAACAUAUUGUUAAAUCAUGGUCGUUCGAUUCAAGUUUGUAA